UGGCUUUUUUGUUUUUAUUAUCAGCUGUUCGUUGGGAUCUAUGCUGCGGUGCUAUAAUUUACGUGGUGCUGCUUCUCAAAGCAAAAAGUGAAAAAGAAAAGAACGUAUAUUCUGCACCUCUACCUCGGAUUAAACAACCAAAGAUUUAUUUUUUAACGGUUUAGACGUUGGAAAAUCGGCUGCUCUGUAAAGAAGCAGCUCUACUUUACGGUUGGCAUGCCUGUAAAUGAAGCAUGACAGAAGCCUGGAAGACUGACCUCAAUAUGAGAUAUGAGCCUAAUAUAGCUUUUAGCCUGGUUUUUAUUCAAUUCUUGAUUAGUGCGGAUAAUUCAAAAUUCACAUUUCUCCUCUACCAAAGGUCUGGUCAUAACAUCUGUCAGAGUGAAGAAUUGUUGUGAGACCCGUGUACCAGCCGGUCGAGCCGAUCUUCGGUUAUUAAGUACAAUCGCACUUCAUUUAUAACAAUGUUUCAACGGCUCACAAACCUGUUCUUUGGAAGAGUGAGUGAAACAACUGAGGAACCAAAUGUACCAAAACCAGGGUCACCAGAAGUGGAUGAGGAGGGUUGGCUCCUGGUCAAUGCAGCUGAUGGAGAGGCAUCCCCUGAACCCAAUGAUGUUCAUUUGAAGUUAAUAGGAAACCUGUCCAGCACUGAGAAAUGUGCUGCCAGCUUGGUCAGUGAGACAAGCAUGGUCGAACCAGAAGUCCCUGUUGCCCGAAGCAGUAGUCGAGUAUCUCAGCGAGUGGUCUCUCAGGCCGGGGCUCUGGUCAAAGUGUCGCAGGUGGGCCGGAUACAGCGGGCUCAGGCACGGUCCAGCCGCCACAAUCUCAGCCGCAACUGCAUUCAGAGGCAGAACCACAUUCGUCAGCGUCUUCCUCAACACUGCUCACGCAUACAUCGCGUGAUCCUCAAUCAGCCUAGUCGUCGCAACUUUAGUCACUAAGAUGCAGAAAGAGUCAACAAAAGAAGCGAAAAACAAACAUGCAAGUACCUUGGUUCAAAAUAAAAGCUUGAUAUGAACAUGCUUGAACGUUUUUUUAAAAAUAUAUAUUUACAGUGUAGUGUAUAAUAAAUACAGUGGCAGCUAAAAUUAAAGCUCGAAAAUACAAUGUUGGCCAUUUGAAAGUACAUGUGUACUAGACUGUCAUGCAGCAAUAAAACAAAGUGAAGGA